GAGCAAACGCCUCCGCCCCAGCUACGAAGUAGGGUGGGUGCGCCGGAAAUUUCCCGGUGAGACCUGCGUAUUUCCGGUCAAGAUGGCGGCGCCCACUGGAGUCAGGUGCGGGCGACUCUGUCUCCAGUAGCGGCGGCGACUCGAGGCCCCGAGAGGUGAGGUGCGCCCCGCUCUGGCUCCCCGCUUCGGAGAGGAGGGAGGAGAUUCGUUGCAGACCCCCAGGAGUGGACCCUCCAGGACAGCAGAGCUACUUCCGCGGUGACCAUCCCCUUCCCCCCGACGCACUCUCCCCUUCUCCACAAGCAGCCCAUGGCGGACCAAGGCUCGGGGGGCAGCCGCCUCCCCCUGGCGCUGCCCCCAGCCUCCCAGGGCUGCUCCUCCGGCGGCGGCGGCGGCGGCGGCGGCUCCUCCGCGGGGGGCUCGGGCCACCCCCCGCACCCGCGCAACCUGCAAGGCCUGCUGCAGAUGGCCAUCACGGCGGGCUCUGACGAGCCGGACCCCCCGCCGGAACCCAUGAGUGAGGAGAGGCGCCAGUGGCUGCAGGAGGCCAUGUCGGCCGCCUGCCGGGGCCAGCGGGAGGAGGUGGAGCAGAUGAAGAACUGCCUCCGAGUGCUGUCCCAGCCCACGCCCGCCUCGGCCGGCGAGGCCGAGCUGGCCGUCGACCAGCAGGAGCGCGAGGGGGCCCUGGAGCUGCUGGCGGACCUGUGUGAGAACAUGGACAACGCCGCAGACUUCUGCCAGCUGUCGGGCAUGCACCUGCUGGUGGGCCGGUACCUGGAGGCGGGGCCCGCGGGGCUGCGGUGGCGGGCGGCCCAGCUCAUCGGCACGUGCAGCCAGAACGUGGCGGCCAUCCAGGAGCAGGUGCUGGGCCUGGGCGCCCUGCGCAAGCUGCUGCGGCUGCUCGACCGGGACCCCUGCGACUCGGUGCGGGUCAAGGCCCUCUUCGCCAUCUCCUGCCUCGUCCGGGAGCAGGAGGCCGGGCUGCUGCAGUUCCUCAGGCUGGAUGGCUUCUCUGUGUUGAUGCGGGCCAUGCAGCAGCAGGUGCAAAAGCUCAAGGUCAAGUCAGCCUUCCUGCUGCAGAACCUGCUGGUGGGCCACCCAGAGCACAAAGGGACCCUGUGCUCCAUGGGGAUGGUCCAGCAGCUGGUGGCCCUCGUCCGGACCGAACACAGCCCCUUCCACGAGCACGUGCUGGGAGCCCUGUGCAGCCUGGUGACAGACUUCCCCCAGGGCGUGCGGGAGUGCCGGGAGCCGCAGCUGGGCCUGGAGGAGCUGCUCCGCCACCGCUGCCAGCUGCUGCAGCAGCACGAGGAGUACCAGGAGGAGCUGGAGUUCUGUGAAAAGCUGCUCCAGACCUGCUUCUCCAGCCCCACGGACGACAGCAUGGAUCGGUGAACCCGGCGGCUUCCGGCCCCUCUCCGGGGACCCUAGGCCUCUGGCCUCCCUCCUCUCCAAGGGAGAGCAGGGCCGCUGGUGCCGGGCCGCGGCGUGCCAGCCGCCUCUGCUCAGCCCCCUGGAGGGGCCCUGAGAAAGGCACGGCCCCUCGGACCCGCCCUUGCUCUCACUCCGCCCCCCUAGCGUCCACACUGUCUUCCAAUAAAGGUGUUGCUCUCCCUCCCUCCAGCAGCCUCUGUCACCUCCCCUGGAGGGUGCCUGGGGGGGGGGAAGGGGCUCAGUCCUAGGGGCCCGGGGAGCCCCUGGAGGGACGGGAGUGGGCGGGAC